GGCGUGUGGGGCCUGGGGAGCUGCCCGGGCCCGGCCCCGGCCCCGCCAUGGGCAUCCUGGAGAAGAUCUCGGAGAUCGAGAAGGAGAUCGCCCGCACGCAGAAGAACAAAGCCACGGAGUACCACCUCGGCCUGCUGAAGGCAAAGCUUGCAAAAUACAGAGCUCAGUUGCUAGAACCCUCCAAAUCCUCAGCUGCUAAAGGGGAAGGCUUCGAUGUGAUGAAAUCUGGUGAUGCCCGGGUGGCACUGAUUGGUUUUCCUUCUGUGGGUAAGUCCACAUUUUUGAGUUUAAUGACCUCAACUGCCAGUGAAGCUGCGUCUUAUGAGUUCACAACCCUGACCUGUAUCCCAGGAGUCAUAGAAUACAAAGGAGCCAAUAUUCAGCUGUUGGAUCUUCCUGGAAUCAUUGAAGGAGCAGCACAAGGGAAGGGCAGAGGUCGGCAGGUGAUAGCUGUGGCCAGGACAGCAGAUGUCGUUAUCAUGAUGCUGGAUGCCACCAAGGGUGAAGUACAGAGGGCCUUACUGGAGAAAGAGCUGGAGUCUGUGGGGAUCCGGCUGAACAAAACCAAACCAAAUAUCUACUUCAAGCCGAAGAAGGGUGGAGGUAUCUCCUUCAACUCAACUGUCACGUUGACUCAGUGCUCUGAGAAGUUGGUACAGCUCAUCCUCCAUGAAUAUAAAAUCUUCAAUGCUGAAGUCCUCUUCAGAGAGGAUUGUUCCCCUGAUGAGUUCAUCGAUGUGAUUGUAGGCAACAGGGUCUACAUGCCCUGCCUCUAUGUUUACAACAAGAUCGACCAGAUAUCGAUGGAGGAAGUAGAUCGUCUUGCUCGGAGACCCCACAGCGUUGUAAUCAGCUGUGGCAUGAAGCUGAACCUGGACUACUUGCUGGAGAAACUCUGGGAGUACCUGGCACUUACCUGCAUCUACACCAAGAAACGAGGACAGAGACCAGACUUUACAGAUGCCAUUAUUCUACGGAAAGGGGCCUCUGUGGAGCAUGUGUGCCAUCGAAUUCACAGAUCGUUAGCCAGCCAGUUCAAAUAUGCCUUGGUGUGGGGGACAAGCACAAAAUACAGCCCUCAAAGAGUGGGCUUAACCCAUAUGAUGGAGCACGAAGAUGUCAUUCAGAUCGUAAAGAAGUAACCCUCUUUGCUGGUGCCUGGCCUUGUCUUUAGUCACUAGAAUUGGAACUGACCACAUCAAAACAAAGCAAAACACACACACAAAAAAAUAAAAACAAACAAAAAAAGAAAAACAAAAGGAAAAAAAAACAAACAACAAAAAGGGAGAUGUGAUCCACAGCCAAGAAAGCUUCUGUGAAGCUCCUCCUCUUGGAGAAAGGCAGAAAAUGAGGCUACUGUAGGUGCAGGUGGGGCUGGGGAAGGUGGGUUUCCAUCUGGCAGCAUUUCAGAUGAAGUAAUGCUUCUUAAAAUUAAAAAAGGAACUGGUUCUUCUAGUAGACAGGUCUCACAGCCCACAGUGUCCUGCCCCAGUAAGGUUUGCAGAUGGAUUCAUGUGUUUAACCUCAUUUAACCAGUGGGAAUUUAACAGGUUUGUGUGAGAAACCUGACUGUGUUUUGGGACAAGGAAGCCAGGGCUGAGAGAACAUUGCUGAUGCUUUGCUGCUUAGCCAUUCACUUCACUUAAGCAUCGAUCUGAACCACAUUGUCCCUGCAGCUUUCACCAUUGGAGACUUCAGUCUCUGCAUCUGAGACAGCCCCUGGUGAAUUUGUCAUGGCCCUGCCUCAACUAACGUUCAGCUGUGGCACGCUGUGCCUCUCCUUUGCUCUCCAGUAAGGUUUCUUGGCAGGCUGGUCCAACUGUUACUGAGAGAUGAGAAGUGAAGCCCCGUUAGUGAACGACUAACCUGGCCACACUGCAGCAGGGUACCAUUCAGAGCCACGGGCUGCAGUGAGGAACCAUUUCUGGCACACCACACAUUGAGGAACUGUCCUGGGGCUUUCCUCCUUGUUCUUGUCCUGCCUAUCACUCCCCAGGAGUAGUGCUGGAGGUCUUUCUUAAUCAUGCUCCUAAAUUCCAGCUCUCUGAGCUCCAAGUACCAUGGGGUUUACCCCAGCCCUGUUAAAACAUUGUUGCUUGUCUGGGUAUUUUCCAUGGUGGCAUUUUUCUAAUCAUGCUUUUUCAUUGAGUGCUGAUGCUAACCGAUUCAGAGUGCCUGAUGGAGGGCAGCUCUUCCCUUUUGGGAGCAGGAGUUGCCAAUAGCUUUUAUUUUCUUUCAUUGAAGAAGAGUUCGGUCUGAUGCAGAUUCUUAACUGUGGGGACAGGUCUGAUCCAGAACUUGUCUGAGCAGGCCUUCUUUCCUUCUCUUUUGUGCUCCUCCCCACCCCUCACAAACUGAUCGAGCAGAAAUGGAAGGAUUAUUUUAUUUGAGAAAAUAAAAGUUGCUAUCUCAUGUGAGCUGCAGGUGUCUGCCUGCAGUGGGUA